AUGAAUGCAACUUGCGACGGAGGCGACCUGUGGCCUAAUUCUCUCUACUACGUCUUCGGCGUCUACUUGGUCUUGCUGCUGGUGCUGGGCCUGCUGCUCAAUGGCCUGGCGCUCUGGGUGUUCUGCUGUCGCAUGCGCCAGUGGACGGAGACCCGUGUCUACAUGACCAACCUAGCUGUGGCUGACCUCUGCCUGCUCUGUUCCCUGCCAUUCAUGCUAUACUCCCUGAAACACACUUCAGAUACACCAGUCUGCCAGCUCUCACAGGGCAUCUACCUGGCCAACAGAUACAUGAGCAUUAGCUUGGUCACUGUCAUUGCUGUGGACCGCUACGUGGCAGUGCGGCAUCCGAUACGUGCCCGUGAGCUGCGGUCCCCAAGAAAGGCUGCCGCAGUGUGUCUGGCCCUCUGGGUGGUGGUGCUCUCUUCCCUGGUAGUGCGCUGGCACCUGGGGCUGCAGGAGGGUGGCUUCUGCUUCAGGAACUAUGGCCGGCACGGUUUCAGCACCAUUCCCUUCUCAAUGCUGGGCUUUUACCUGCCCCUGGCCAUUGUGGUCUUCUGCUCUUUGCAGGUUGUGACCGCGCUGGGGCAGAGGCCGACCACUGAUGUGGUGCAGGUAGAGGUCACCCGCAGGGCCACCCACAUGAUCUUGGCCAACUUGGCAGUGUUUAUCAUCUGCUUCCUGCCACUGCAUGUGGUCUUGACGGUGAAGUUCUCCCUGGGUCUAAACACCUGUGCUGCCCGUUUCACCUUUAGCCGUGCCCUGUCCAUCACAGGCAAGCUCUCAGAUGCCAACUGCUGCCUCGAUGCCAUCUGUUACUACUACAUGGCCAAGGAGUUCCAGGAUGCAUCCAUGUCAGCCGUGUCCUCCAGUACUCCCCACAAGAGCCAAGAUUCUCAGAGCUUGACCCUCACCUAGAAGCGAGCAUGCGCCAUGGACCAGAGGAACCUGUGAUAUUAUCAAGGAGCCCCCAAAUCAUCCUGAACCUGACGUGGGUUUUGAACACUCUAGGAAGCUCAGGCGGCCUAGAGAGAUUGUAUCUGCUCCCCUGAAGAGACCAGAGGACUGAGACUAAAGACCAACUUGAAGGACCCUGGAACCUGCCACCCCGGACCUAGAACCCCUGAGGCACCAGAAUGGGGCCUUGAUGGCCAGCCACUGGGUUUAGAACAGAGCUCUCCCCUGGACACAGUCCUGACAGGGCCCUCGGUGUCACCCAGAUGCAAGUGGUGAGAUG